CAACCCCAUCACUAUUCGAAAAACACUACACCCUCGAUCAUAUCUCAACCAUGGUUAAAGGAAUGCCCGUCCUCCGAAUAUCUUUCUCCACAGCCAAUCUGAGAGGCAUCAAAAGAUCAGAACAACACCGCCAAGAUGGAGCUCAAAAGCCUUCUUCUUCUGACUCUCCUCUCUCUUGCUUCAGCAACCCCCGCACUUCCAAUUGUCAAAUCAUUCGCCCCUUCCAAGGUCGUUCCCCGAGAAGCCAAACUGAAAAUGCCCUAUCCCACAACAUUCUACGACCUACCUACAGGCGAUCCGAGAAGCGUCCCACUGCCUACGGGCGAACUGGGAAGCCCACCGCCUCCAUGGCGGCACGAACACGGAGUAGGUGUGUACAAGGACCCUAAUCAAAUCGCUCCGCUGUGGUAUUCUGAGAGCGAAGAGGGUUGGGGUUGGAUAUACCCCCUUAAUCCAGGAGGCCCAAACACUGAAGAUCCCGCUCCUACCAAAACCAUGAAGGUUGUACCCAGGAUCGAGGUCGCGACACCGACGCCGACGGUACUGCGUGAUGAUACUGGUUUUGACGUUCCUCUCGGUGGUGUAAGCACCCAGUUGCGUAAUGAAGGAGAGAUAUUGGCCUGUUGGAACACUUGCAGUCAGUUCGGGCACGAGGCGUGUGAACGGUGCGACCAAAAGUUGCGGCUCGGAGGACUGAUUCCUUCCACUCAGCCGGCUCGAUAUGAUCCUUGGGGCUGGAGUCCGAAACAAGCUCGGGACUCUGUUGAUACGGCUGCAGUGUCAAUGGCUUUCCAGAUGCUCUGGAAGUGCGCAAUAAAUUGCAUGCGCGACGGCGCUACACCAUGUACGACCUGCGAUGCGCUCUGGGACGAGUCCCAGAAAAUGGUAUCCUCCCGUGGAUUCAAGGAGGAACUCAAUUUCUGGGUGUGUGUGCGAGAUUGCUCUCGUGACAGGCUGAUAUCUUGUAUGGAAUGCGAGCCAGCCUGGCGCAAGCAACUGGCAAUGAUAACGCCCAAUUACAUGUCAGUUGAACAAGCAGCGGCAUCCGCUGAUAUCUGGAACUGUGCGGUACACUGCGAUAAAGACAGGAUGCAGAAAAUGUGCACGCCGUGCGACGAACUCUGGAGAAAAUGGGAUGCAGGACUACCGCCCUUUGGACCCGAACGGACUGGUCUUAUUACCGCCGGAGAUGAUGACGGAUCUCCAUCAAAUCCCAAUCCCGAAGACCUCGCAGUCAGGUUUCGUAUGAGUGCAUGCAUGAAAGGAUGUAAGCCAGCCAACGAAACCAGACCCACCAGCUAUUGCAAAUACUGCGAGACACUCGUAAGAUCCGCCUCACUACUGGAGCCACGUCCCUGGAUCCGUCGAAGCAUUUCUGCUGAGCCCAGCAAGACAAUCGCAAAGCGCCUGCUAUACGUCUGGGACCCGGUCACCGGCGUCUUUAAGUGCUCAGAACAGUGCGCCAAGGGCAAAGAUUAUUACGAAUCGUGUCUCCCUUGCCUGUACGAAAAGGGCGUCCCUGUUGACGGUGAAUCAUACCAGAUUAUCCAAGCAGAGGUCGUCAAUACUAGUCCUGAGCAGAAAUCCGGACGUCCAAGUCCGGCAUGAGGCCAAAAAAACACCCGAAGCCCACAGAGCUGGCGUUCCACAAGACGGCCAUGGCAAAUUUCAUAUUCGUAUGCUACCUUAGGUAUGACUAGUAUUUCCAGUAUUAUGAUAGUUGUAUGCAGUGUAAUACGCUUCUCAAAGAGAACGUUGUCCAUGUCGUGCCUUAGGUUUGGAGUUUUCCGUAGAAAAGUAGUUGCAAAGACUCGGGUGGUAAUGCCAGAUGGGGUUAAGAAUGUGUUAGUAGUCGUAUUUCUGAUUUUCCAUUAGAAUUUACUGUCGUGAUAAUAUAUCUCUUGCGACACG